UUGAACUAAUUUUCACAGCCACUUGAGCUGCGACAAAAACAAUGAAACCAAAACCAUCACACAAACACUUGCUCUCUCUCCUCUUCUAUGUUCUACUUCUUCUUUCUUAUUUUGUUUAUGGACAACAAGAAAUUGAACAACCAAUCGGAUAUGGGUACACAAUCCGAUCCAUUAGUGUUGAUUCAUCUGGGAAGUCACUCGCUGCUGAUCUGCAACUCAUCAAGAAUUCUUCGGUUUUCGGACCCGAUAUUCAGAAUCUCAAUCUCAUAGCCAGCUUCGAAACAAGUGAUCGUCUGAGAAUCCGAAUAACAGAUUCUAACCACCAAAGAUGGGAAAUUCCACCACACAUCCUCCGCCGCAAGACCACCACCACCACCACGACCUCCUCCUACCAACAACCGCCGCCGGAAAAUCUUUCAAUCUCCGAACCCAACUCAGACCUCAUCUUCACCCUCCACAACACCACCCCAUUCGGCUUCACCGUCGUCCGACGCUCCUCCGGCGACACCCUCUUCGACGCCACUCCCGAUGCGUCAGAUUCCGGCACUCUCCUCGUCUUCAAAGACCAGUACCUCCAACUCUCCUCCUCCCUUCCCGCCAACCGGUCCUCUCUUUACGGCCUCGGAGAGCACACAAAGAGAUCCUUCAAACUGACCCACCACCAGACACUCACCUUGUGGAAUGUCGACAUCGGGAGUUUUAAUACCGAUCUGAAUCUAUAUGGGUCCCACCCGUUUUACAUGGACGUCCGCUCCCCCAAUUCUGACGGCAGAGUUCCGGCGGGAACCACCCACGGUGUGUUGUUGCUCAACAACAAUGGCAUGGAUAUUGUAUAUACUGGUGAUAGGAUCACAUAUAAGGUAAUUGGAGGUGUGAUUGAUCUGUAUUUCUUCGCCGGACAGGCACCGAAGACGGUGAUCGAGCAGUAUACGGAGCUCAUUGGCCGGCCUGCCCCAAUGCCAUACUGGUCCUUCGGAUUUCACCAGUGCAGAUGGGGUUACAAAAAUGUCGCUGACAUUGAGGGAGUGGUUGCUGGCUAUGCGAAAGCUGGAAUCCCAUUAGAGGUUAUAUGGACAGAUAUAGAUUACAUGGACGCCUUCAAGGAUUUCACACUUGAUCCCAUUAACUUUCCCUAUGAUCAGAUGAAGAAAUUUGUUGAUACACUUCACCAAAAUGGUCAGAAAUACGUGCUAAUCUUGGAUCCUGGCAUCAGCGUGAACAAGACAUACGAAACCUACAUAAGAGGGAUGCAUGCUGACAUCUACAUAAAACGUGACGGUAUCCCUUACCUGGGGGAGGUUUGGCCUGGGCCAGUUUACUAUCCUGAUUUUGUAAAUCCAGCUGGUGCAAUUUUUUGGGGUGAUGAGAUCAAUAGGUUUAGAAAAACUAUCAACUUUGACGGCCUCUGGCUUGACAUGAAUGAACUAUCCAACUUCAUAUCUUCCUCUCCCUCUCCAUCUUCUACACUUGAUGACCCUCCUUACAAGAUUAACAAUUCUGGAAAUCGAAUUCCUAUUAUUAUUAGAACUGUUUCAGCAACUGCUAUACACUUUGGCAACAUUACAGAGUACGAUGCCCAUAACCUUUAUGGAUUCUUAGAAUCUAAAGCCACUAAUGAGGCCUUGGUCAAAGUGACUGGUAAGAGGCCUUUUAUACUAUCUAGAUCAACUUUUGUGGGGUCUGGCAAAUACACAGCACAUUGGACUGGAGAUAAUGCUGCAACAUGGGAUGAUUUGGCAUACACAAUUCCUAGUAUCUUGAAUUUUGGAUUGUUUGGAAUUCCAAUGGUUGGAGCUGAUAUUUGUGGCUUUGCUGGAAAUACUACCGAAGAGCUUUGCCAGCGUUGGAUUCAGCUAGGGGCCUUUUAUCCGUUUGCGAGAGAUCACUCAGCUAUAGAUACAAUUCGUCAAGAGCUCUACCUCUGGAAUUCUGUUGCUGCAACAGCCAAGAAGGUGCUUGGGCUCCGCUACCGACUACUGCCCUACUUUUACAUGUUAAUGUAUGAGGCACAUACAAAAGGAACCCCCAUUGCACGGCCACUUUUCUUCUCAUUCCCACAAGACACCAACACUUACGAAAUUAGCUCACAGUUUCUGCUCGGUAAAGGCAUUAUGGUGUCGCCUGCACUGAAGCCAGGAGCAGUCUCAGUUAAUGCAUACUUUCCAGCAGGAAACUGGUUUGACCUCUUCAACUACUCGAGUUCAGUGAGUGUAGUAGGUCCAGGAAAGUAUGUCACACUUGACACACCUCGUGAUCAUAUAAACGUACAUAUCCGGGAAGGGAAUAUAGUAGCCAUGCAAGGAGAAGCAAUGACAACACAGGCAGCUCGGAGUACACCAUUCCAGUUGUUAGUUGUUGUCAGCAGUAGUGAAAACAGCACCGGAGAAGCUUUCCUGGAUGAUGGAGAGGAAGUGGAGAUGGGAGGGAAGGGAGGGAGGUGGACUUUAGUGAAUUUUAAUGGCAGAGUCGUAGGGAAUGCUGUAGUGGUCAGAUCAGAGGUUGUAAAUGGAGACUUUGCUUUGAGUCAGAAAUGGAUCAUAGACAAGAUAACCUUUCUAGGAUUGAGAAAGGUUAAGAGGCUAAAGGCCUUAGAUAUAAUCCCUAAUACGGGAGCAAACCGACAUGGAAAACCAGGGAUAAGAACAAGUAUUGAUGCCAAGGGAGAAUUUGUCAUGAUGGAGAUGACCGGGAUUUCGCUGCUUAUUGGAGAGGAAUUUAAGUUAGAGCUGAAUCUAAGUGAGGCUUCUGUGCCUAGACAUGUUUGGCGCUUUUGACAUUCUCAAUCUCUAUCGGCACGAUUGAGCUCAAGAACAGGGAUGGUACUACAAGCAUAUGAAUUCUACAAUUGAAAACAUCUCCACGCUUCCAUUGUAGUGCUAUUUAUAAUAAGACCAGUAGUUUAGAAUAACCGGCAUGUAUGCAAUUUCGUGAUGCUUUGUAUAUUAUACGUAUCCAUUUUACAGUCUGAAAUAAAAUACUAUAAGAACAAUGGUGCAAGGCUUAUGCUUCAUCAUGGGUGGUUGUAUAGAUCAAAUUCUGUCGAACACAUUUUGUUUCUCUUUCAUUGGCAGCACCAACAACUCUAAGACGCAGAGGUUAUAAGUCAUCGUGCGUGGUUGUAUUGAUCAAAUCCUGUCAAACACACAUUUCUUUGCUUGGGUUUAUCCCACGAAAUGAUAGGAUGAGGAAACAUCACGCACGUUUUUGCUCAUACCGGAUCUUGAAUCCCUUUCCUGUAUAUCAUUUUGUUUGAUUGAUUGAACAUGUGUAAAUGUAUGUUAAUGGAUACAUAAACUAUUCCAAGAUAUGGUGUAAAUUUUGUAUGUAUACACAUGAUGUAGAAAUAAUAUAUUUGAUUGAUUAUUGAUGUUCAGAUUUCAUUUUC